AUUGAUCAAUGUAGUUUAUUGGGAUAACAUUAUUAAAUCUAUUGAGGUCAGUGAGAUGAGACAUGAACGAUCAUUUAUGUUUUUGAAUAAUAUUGAUAAUAGAAGUUGUAUUGUUAGAAUAAGUCUAAAUGUGAUCAAAGUCUUCAAUUGCAUUAUUGUAAUAGUAACAGUUAUUGGAAGUAUAAGUUUGAGGAUACUAAGCAUUCAUGAUCAUUAA